AUGGUAAAUCGGCGAAAACAGCUUAAACCUGUAAAACGUAACGUUGCGUCUAUCAAUGUUGAACGUUUUAUAAACGAGGAUGACGAUGCUGACAGUAGUGACCAAGAAAUACUGGACGGCAGUAAUAGCAUUAAUGAUACCACCUUUAAUGAUUACGAUUUGAAUUUAUCACCAUUGGAACGUAUUAUUCAACAGGCAGAAUUAUCCGCCAGAAUACAACCCGCACAGCAAAUGUUAAUGAAGUGUUCAUCACCUUCUGAAUACGAUGAUAUCAGGUCGAUAAGCAAUUUAUCACCGUCCUCAUCCAGUAAUAUUCCAUCGUCGUCGUCACCAUCCUCACCGCUGACAUUAUUAUCAUAUAUAAACUCGAUCCCAUCAACGAGCGGUUCAAAUUCUUUUCAUGGUAAAUACAGUGAAGACUCCCCUUUGAAAUGCUUAGAAAGAUAUGUUAAGCCCAAACAGGAGUUAACCUACACCUCAAAGAAGUAUUCAUCAAAUAAAUCAGUUUGCCAUAAGUCGUCUUCAUUAAGAAAUGUUUCCACUAACGCUGCAUCAGCACCAUAUAUAUUGCCGUCUAAAAAAGAGAGUGAUAGAGAUGCAAAUGAAGAAGAGGGUAAUGCAUUAUGUGAACUAUCUCAAUUAGUCCAUAAAGUUGGAUCAUUCCGUAAAAUGUCUUGCACCUACAGUAAUAAUAAUAAUACUAAUAAUAAUAACAGUAGCAUGCAAAAAGAUGAUAGUUGUGCUCAAAGCGUAUUCACGUGUUUACAAUGCUCACGUAGCUACGAAACACUCGAUGAACUGGUUUUUCAUAUCAGUACGACAAAACAUUUCACAAGAAUCACCAACAAAAGCAUUGAACCUGUAGCACCAUGGGAAAAGGGAGUGAUGUCAGUGGGUGGUAACGACAAGCAUCGAACGCGUCAAAAACGUCUCCUUGAAUGUGAUGCCGAAUACCACCUACGUUACAAACAUAAAUUCGACAGCUUCAUGGAUUGGAUUUCUGUAAUCAGAAUAGCGGAUACACGUUCAAAUCCUGAUAAAAACAGCAUCGAAUUGAACAAACUUCAAAUGAUUAUCAAUGGUGUCAAGAAGUAA